GAUUGGUUGUUGGUGCUGUCCGUCAACUGCGGCGUCAGGUGGCUGGGCUGCCCGCGUCUCGCAGCCUGUGCUUGGCUUGGUAGUCUGUGACUGGCUCGGGGGGGACCCGGUGGAUUGCUCGCCUCGACCUGCAGUGUGUGUCCCGUGCUGGCCGUGGAGCUGUCCGUGUACUCAGAGCCGCCUGUCCCGGGAGGAGCGGAGCCUCCAGGAUACCUCUCCCUCUCAUGGUCUGGCUGCUCCCCCCCUCUGUCUGCUAAUAUUCAUCCUCUCCCCAGCUCACCCCCCUUUACUGCUUGUUGUCAGUUUGGGCACCGGGCGCCUGGCCUGGGCAGCUGUCAAAACCUCAUCCAGCCCCCUCCCCUUCCUCCUCCUCUUCCCAUUCACACAGACUCUACUAGAAAUCCCCAAAACAUUGACAUCAGAACCCUAAAUCUUACUGAAUCACCCCCAAAACAUUGACACCAGAACCCCCAAAUAUUACUGAAUCACCCCCAAAACAUUGACACCAGAACCCCCAAAUAUUACUGAAACACCCAUAUAUUACCAAAACCACUCCAACACCUUGACAUCAGCUCCUCCAAAUAUUCUAAAACAUUGACAUCAGAACCUUCAAAUUUUACUAAAACACCCCUAACACUUUGCCACCAGCUCCUCCAAAUAGCACCAAAACACUCCCAAUAUAUUGACAUAAGCAACCCAAAGCAUUUCCCCUGCCACCCAAAGCACUGACUCAGCCAUAGAAAAUUAUUGACAUCAGAUACCCCCCAAAGCACUGCCAUCAGUAACUUUAAACCUUACUAUUAGCCCCCCUAAACAUUGGCAUCAGUAACUUCAAACUUUGCCAUAAGCCCCCCUAACACUGGCAUUUGCUUCUUCAAACACAGCCACUAGCCCCCCCAUCUUUGCCAUUAGUAACCCAAAACACUGCUACCAGCCCUAUGCAACACCUGCCCUGUGCCACUUAGUGACUGUGUGUUUUUAGUGGGGGGGUUGAGCAGCCUCUGACCCUGGGUUUCAGGGACUCUCUCUGCCAGGUUAGAGGAGAAUGUGGAAUGGAAGGGCCAGGCUGCCCCUUAUUUUGUAGAUCUUGUAGCCUGUGGUUUCUUUUAAAAGAAGGUUGGAGGGAGAAGUCUGUGUAUUCUUGAGACAAAUGUAAAAACCAACAGCAUGGGGUUUUAGUAUUUAUUAUAAAACAGAGGUCCCUGGGGGGUGGGUGGGUUGGGUUGAUUUUAAUUGUGAAAAGAAUUGUAUAGUUAGAAAGAAAUAGUUAAUUUAUUGGCACUAACAUUCUGGUCUAUUGACGAGGACAGGAGAUUAGAUUUAUUAUGAGAACUCUUUCCAAGCAGGUUUAGUUCUUCUGGAUAUUACAUUUUAAUGGCCCAGUAACAGGUUGGCCCAUCUGUCUCAUACAUUAGAGGGCAUUUCUGUGAAUGUCUCUUUGUGGCACGUCUGCCAAUGCAAAAAUGAUGGCAGCGUAUAAUGGGGGUACGUCAGCAGCGGCUGGGGGUCACCAUCAUCACCACCACCAUCACCUGGCCCACUUGCCCCCUCCUCACAUGCACCAUCACCACCAUCUCCAUCCCCAGCAUCAUUUACACCCAGGCUCAGCUGCUGCUGUGCAUCCUGUCCAGCAGCAUGUGUCCUCUGCCUCCUCUUCCUCCUCAGCUGCUGCAGCUGCGGCUGCUGCAGCAGCAGCAGCCGCUAUGCUUAAUCCAGGCCAGGCUCAACCAUACUUCCCAUCCCCAGCUCCUGGACAGGCCCCAGGACCAGCUGCAGCAGUUGCCCCUGCUCAGGUGCAGGCAGCUGCAGUAAAGGCUCACCACCAUCCACACUCUCAUCAUGCUCAGCAACUGGAUAUUGAACCUGAUCGACCUAUUGGCUAUGGUGCCUUCGGGGUUGUCUGGUCUGUAACCGAUCCAAGGGAUGGAAAGAGAGUUGCCCUCAAAAAGAUGCCCAACGUCUUCCAAAAUCUAGUCUCUUGCAAAAGGGUCUUCCGAGAACUGAAGAUGUUGUGUUUUUUUAAGCAUGACAACGUACUCUCUGCACUUGAUAUUCUCCAGCCUCCACAUAUUGAUUAUUUUGAAGAAAUAUAUGUUGUCACAGAAUUAAUGCAGAGUGACCUCCAUAAGAUCAUCGUCUCUCCUCAGCCUCUCAGUUCAGAUCAUGUUAAAGUUUUUUUGUAUCAGAUUUUAAGAGGUCUGAAGUAUUUGCAUUCAGCUGGCAUCUUACAUCGAGACAUUAAACCAGGGAACCUACUUGUGAACAGCAACUGUGUUCUUAAGAUUUGUGAUUUUGGAUUGGCAAGGGUUGAAGAACCUGAUGAAUCUCGUCAUAUGACUCAGGAAGUUGUCACUCAGUAUUAUCGGGCACCAGAAAUACUAAUGGGGAGCCGUCACUACAGCAAUGCCAUUGACAUCUGGUCUGUAGGAUGCAUCUUUGCAGAGCUGCUUGGAAGAAGAAUAUUGUUUCAGGCACAAAGUCCAAUACAACAGUUGGACUUAAUCACAGACUUGUUGGGAACACCGUCACUUGAAGCAAUGAGGACGGCUUGUGAAGGCGCUAAGGCACAUAUACUCAGGGGUCCUCAUAAACAGCCAUCUCUUCCGGUCUUGUAUACACUGUCCAGCCAGGCCACGCAUGAAGCUGUUCACCUGCUCUGCCGGAUGUUGGUCUUUGAUCCAUCCAAACGAAUAUCUGCUAAAGAUGCCCUAGCACACCCGUAUCUGGAUGAAGGCCGCCUGCGGUAUCACACCUGCAUGUGCAAAUGCUGCUUCUCUACAUCUACUGGCAGGGUCUAUACCAGUGACUUUGAACCUAUCACAAAUCCAAAAUUUGACGACACAUUUGAAAAGAACCUCAGUUCUGUACGGCAGGUGAAAGAAAUCAUCCAUCAGUUUAUUUUGGAGCAACAGAAAGGAAACAGGGUACCUCUGUGCAUCAAUCCCCAGUCUGCUGCUUUUAAAAGCUUUAUCAGUUCCACAGUUGCUCAACCAUCUGAGAUGCCACCAUCUCCACUGGUUUGGGAAUAAAUGUGGUGGACAUACUACUGAAGAUGUUGUCAUGUAGCUUUUCACUGGAGUCUGGGAAUUGCAAUUCUGAAGAUUGAUUGUGCUUGUACUGUAAUUUUACUAAUUAAGGUUUAACUUUUCAACCACUACAUGUACUAUGUAUAUCAUAUUUAAAACAAAAUGGUGUACCAGUAACUUUUCCCAUAAACUCAGUGGUUGUCUUUUGAGAUCCCGUAACCCAUAUUUUAAUUUUAUUUUAUGAAUUUUAAGCAGUUUCAAGGCUCAGAACAAAUUGAAGAUGGCAGCAAAUUUGCAGAAUAAGUGAGGUUUGAUUUUUGUGGUUAGGGCUUAUGUCUAGAGGUUAAUUAUGUUUUUAAAUAUUGUUUUAUUUAUUUUAAUUUCUUUUUAAUAAAUGGAUGUGUGGAUUUUUUUUCCAAAGUAUAAAUAUACUGAGCCAUUCUUUAAGCCUAAUUUUUGUGUUAAUACAAGCAAAUUAGUAAGAAUACAGAGAUCAUCUGAAUACCAACCAUGAAGAUAUUCUCAAGAAGAGGAAGGAACAGACCACAGGACAUUGAAGUCAUGUAAUUUAUAAGGAUACGCACCUCAAUGACUUCGUACUAGCACUGGACUAGAGACAUAUUUCUAUUCAAUUACUAUUUAAAACCGAAGGUUUGUGGUUGGAAAGAGUGCAUCUGUGACGAAAGGGAUUGAAACUUUUGUUUCUUUCCCAGUAUAAAUAUAUAAAAUUAUAUAUAUUUAAUCUAUUUUUCUUAGAAUUUGUUUUCUUCCUUACCUUGUAACUCUUGGGCAUGCCGCAUUCAUCUGUGUAAAUAAUCCCAUCAACGAGCUCAUUUCAGAAGGACCCUUUCAUUUGCCGCUGUACAAAACUGAGCUAGCUUGCCCAUUUUCUUUUUCUUUUUUUCAUUUUUGGGGCUUUUCUUCCAUUGUUUUGCCCUCGACAGUGAAGACAAAAUGUGAAAGCAGAACAUAUUUUACUAAAAUGUAACUAUGUGUUCCUAGGCAAGAAGACAAACCGUGGAAGUCUUAUAAUGUCACAGCAGCAACAUUUUAAAUUAGUUUUUCUUCUUUUCUUUCUUUUUUUCUUUUUCCUUUCAAUUAAAUGAACACUGAAUAUUCUGUGUAUAUGUAUAUAUGAACACAAACUGAAGGUCUCUACCUCCUGGAGUAUACAGCUCAGCUUGUUUCACUCCAAAUUAUUAUUUUUAGGUUCAGUGUGCAGACUUGAAACUUGAAUGUUCCUUCCAACUUUUAUAUGUAAACAUUACAAUACAAUAAAGAAAACCCACUGACUAUUGCUUUUCACCAA